AUGACUUCAACGUUCGCUGUGGAGACAACGAACCUUACAUACGUUUUCAAUAACAAAAAAUGCGGGUUGGAAGAUAUCAAUUUGCAAAUCCCUUGGGGUACGACCAACCUUCUUGUGGGGCCCAAUGGAGCAGGUAAAUCGACGCUUUUGAAGAUCUUGGCAGGCAAAACACUUGUCAAACAGGGUAAGCUUAGACUUGGAGGAUUCGAUCCUUUUGAAUUUUCAGCUACCCGUCAUGAGCAACACAAUUCAGACAUCAACAACUAUAUCUCGUACUUGGGCACCGAGUGGGCCAACAAUGAAGUCGUCAGGAGAGACAUCCCAGUGAAGCUUCUUAUAUCUUCAAUUGGCGGCGAAGCGUACAGAGAAAGACGCGACGAGCUCAUUGACAUCAUGGACUUGGACCCAGACUGGUCUAUGUGUGCUAUCAGUGACGGAGAGCGUAGGAGAGUGCAAUUGGUGAUGGGGCUUCUCAAGCCAUGGAAGUUGCUUUUGUUGGAUGAAGUGACUGUGGAUUUGGAUGUCAUUGUCCGUCUGAACUUGCUUAACUUCCUCAAGAGAGAGUGCAAGGAGCGCAAUUGCUGUGUGAUCUAUGCUACUCAUAUCUUUGAUGGGCUUGGAAAAAACUGGUGUGACAGAGUGAUCCAUCUUAAUGCUGGAAAGAAGACAGAUGACGUGGAUGUCAACAAGAUCGACUUUUCUGACGAAACAGACGAUGUUGAAGUACACAAGUCCAGCGGUGUGAUUGACCGUAUCAAGGUUGCUCUUGCCGAGUCUUUACACCCAUUAGUGUUGCAUUGGCUUCGAGACGACCUUGAAGAGCGUGGAAGCAGGGAAGACGAAAAGGCCAGGAUCGCCAAAAGACAAUUGGACUGGGACAAUGCCAGAGAUGGCCAUUACUUCGAUAAAGACCUGAAAAUCAGCCAGUACUUCCAGGCCACCAGAGGCAAGCCCGGCAGUUUAUAG